GAUCAUGGCUCUGAAGGACACUGGCAGCGGCAGUAGCACCAUCCUUCCCAUCAGCGAGAUGGUGUCUGCGUCCAGUUCUCCUGGUGCUCCUCUGGCCGCCGCCCCGGGGCCCUGCGCUCCGACGCUCUUCCCCGAGGUAGUGGAGCUGAAUGUUGGUGGUCAGGUCUAUGUGACCAAGCAUUCGACGUUGCUCAGCGUCCCGGACAGCACUCUGGCCAGCAUGUUCUCGCCCUCUAGUCCCCGGGGCGGCGCUCGGCGCCGGGGCGAGUUGCCCAGGGACAGCCGCGCGCGCUUCUUCAUCGACCGGGACGGCUUCCUCUUUAGGUACGUUCUUGAUUACCUGCGCGACAAGCAGCUGGCUCUGCCCGAGCACUUCCCUGAGAAGGAGCGGCUCCUGCGCGAGGCAGAGUUCUUUCAGCUCACUGACCUGGUCAAGCUGCUGUCGCCCAAGGUCACCAAGCAGAACUCACUCAACGAUGAGGGCUGCCAGAGCGACCUGGAGGAUAACGUUUCCCAGGGCAGCAGCGACGCACUGCUGCUGCGUGGGGCGGCGGCGGGCGGCGCGCCCUCGGGCUCUGGAGCGCACAAUGUCAGUGGCAGCAGCAGCGCUCCGGACAAGCGCUCUGGCUUCCUCACCCUGGGCUACCGUGGCUCCUACACGACUGUGCGCGACAACCAGGCAGAUGCCAAGUUCAGGCGUGUGGCGCGCAUCAUGGUGUGCGGGCGCAUAGCCUUGGCCAAAGAGGUCUUUGGGGACACUCUUAAUGAGAGUCGCGACCCGGACCGGCAGCCCGAGAAGUACACGUCCCGCUUCUACCUCAAGUUCACCUACUUGGAGCAGGCCUUCGAUCGACUGUCUGAGGCAGGCUUCCACAUGGUGGCUUGCAACUCCUCUGGCACCGCCGCCUUUGUCAACCAGUAUCGAGACGACAAGAUCUGGAGCAGUUAUACCGAGUACAUCUUCUUCAGUAAGUUAGCAACCUACCUACCUACCUAUGCAUCUCACAUCCUUUCUCCCGAGUCGCAGACUUGA